GUGGAAGGGGCCAGAAAAGGAGGCGUUUUCUGCCCGCCAGCAGCCAUGGCUUCUUUGGAGCAGCUCUUAAGUUCUGUUCAGGGGUUGCAUGACACCCCGGAGCACCUUGAGACUGCGCGGACGCAACUCAAGCAGGCGGAGGAGAUGCUCGCCAAGAGCGGCGCCGACAAACUCAAUGUCGCCCUUAGCCAUCUGGAUCCAUCUAGAUACUCCCUGGCAUGGCUUUUCCUAUUGGAUGCCCAACAAGGGGUGACUCAGCCUGACAAGGCUGAUGCCUUCAUCAACCGCUGCACGGCUUUCCUCAAAGCUUGCCACCAGGACCAGAUCAGGAUUGCUGUCGAAAAAUUCAACUCGGUGUGCUUCAAGCUGAAGGACUGCGUCUUAGUCCUGAACCAGCCCGCCCGUGGCGUCCUCCCCCUCCGCACCGCCAUCAAGAAACUGCAGCCCACAUCAGAGCACCUGACACCGCAGCACGCCGACUUCCUUCUCCUUGUCGUCCUUUCAAAGAUCUACAAUGCGGGGCUGCCGGUGCUAGCUGAGGAAAUCUUUGAGGUGGACGCCAAAAAGACGGGGAUCGCGCCGCGGGACUUCUUGCUGUACUGCUACUACGGGGGGAUGGUCUACAUCGGCAUGAAGAGAUUCAAGAAAGCGUUGGAACUUUUAGGCCAUGCUAUAUCAGCACCUGCUCAAGUUCUGAACGCCAUUACACUGGAGGCGUACAAGAAGUUCGUGGUUGUUCACUUGCUCGUUGACGGCCAGCUCCCUACCUUUCAAAAAUACACCCCAACAAUCGUGCAGAAGCUUCUGAAAAGUAAUAGUCAGCCUUACAUCGACCUCGGAAAUGCAUAUGCGACACGGAGCGUGGGGGAUCUGAAGAAGUGUAUACAAACGAACGAGAAUGUCUACAAAACCGAUACGAACCUGGGCCUGGUGAAGCAGCUGAUUCCGUCGCUGUACAAGCGGAACAUCCAGCGGCUGACGCAGACGUACCUCACGCUGUCGCUCAAGGACAUUGCGGAAGCCGUCGAGCUGGAGGGGCCCAAGGAGGCCGAGCUGCACGUGCUGCGUAUGAUCGAGGAGGGGGAGAUAUUCGCGGAGAUCAACCAGAAGGACGGCAUGGUCAGUUUCCGGGAGGACCCCGAGGAGUACAACUCGGUCGAGAUGGUCAACCAGCUGGACGCGGAGAUGCAGGGCAUGAUCAAGCUUGCAAAGAAGGUGGCAGCAAUUGACGAGCAGGUUUCGACGGACAAGGCCUACCUGGGAAAGAUCAAUCUGAAAGAGAGGCACAGUCGAUUCGGAGAAGAGGACUACGAGAUAGGCAGUCAAAGAAUGUUUGUUGAACCAACUUACUAGAAGGUCUGGGAUGGCCGGACUCCGUUCGAUGCACAGAAUUACAUUACGUUUGAUUUCCAAAUGAUUACUUCAUU